GUAAACAACGUGGAAGCGAAUUCGUACCAUGACCAAGAAAAAUGUUUUAGAGGAAGAGGCUAAUGGCGAACUGACUGUGCCUCUCAAUACAGAUGAGAUUGGGGCAAAUGGAAAAGCACGUGCUAAAUGGGAUAGCAAAUUACAAUAUUUUUUUAUGGUGAUCAGUUAUGCUGUUGGACUAGGAAAUGUUUGGAGAUUUCCCUAUCUUGUUCAGCAACAUGGUGGAGGAGCAUUCCUCAUCCCAUACCUUAUCAUGCUGUUUGUGGAAGGUAUGCCUUUGCUGUACCUUGAGUUUGCUGCAGGACAGCACUUCCGAAUGGGCAGCAUGGGUACCUGGAACAAAGUUCACCCUUUCCUCGGCGGUGUGGGCAUUGCCAGUGCGGUGACCUCUUUCAUGGUUGGUGUGUAUUACAAUGCCAUCAUCAUGUGGUGUUUCUACUACAUAUUCCACUCCUUCCAGAGCCCGUUACCAUGGGCAACAUGUCCCACAGUGCUUAAAGAGGGCACCAAUAUAUCCAUCCCCGUGGAAGAGUGUGACAUUUCUGGACCUACAUCCUACUUCUGGUACAGAAAUGCUCUGGAUAUUUCUGGAAGUAUUGAGGAGUCUAAUGGAAUUAAAUGGAAGAUGCUACUCUGCCUGAUUUUUGCCUGGCUCAUCAUUUAUGCCUGCAUUUGGAAGGGUAUCAAGUCUUCUGGCAAGGUUGUAUAUGUCACCGCCACAUUCCCCUAUGUUGUCCUUCUCAUCUUCUUUGGGCGUGGCAUCACACUGAAGGGUGCUACAGACGGACUCAUACACAUGCUUAGUCCAAAGAUGGACCGUCUGGCUGAUCCUCAGGUUUGGCUGGAUGCAGCAACCCAGAUAUUCUACUCUUUUGGACUUGGCUUCGGUGGACUGAUCGCCUUCUCAAGCUACAACCCUCGGAACAACAACUGUGAGCGAGACGCCAUUAUCGUAUCCCUAACCAACUGGUUCACCGCCAUAUUGGCAUCUACAGUGAUCUUCUCAGUGCUUGGCUUCAAGGCCACGACCAUGUACGAAAACUGUGUGGAAAGGAACAUGGAGAAGCUAAUUGACAUAUACCCAGAAUGGAAUGCGACAACACUAACCAUGGACGUGUAUAAAAAUACCUUUGAGAACAAUGAGACGUUAAUGAAUUCAUCCUUGGCCCAUUUCCGAUACUGUAAUUUCCAUGAUGAUCUAGAUAAGGCAGCAGAGGGGACUGGGUUAGCUUUCAUUGUGUUUACUCAAGCCAUUAAUGAGUUCGGACCAUCUGCUCCAUUCUGGUCCAUCAUCUUCUUCCUCAUGCUGUUGUCACUAGGAAUCGGCAGUGAGUUUGGAACGCUGGAGGGAGUAACGACCUGUAUCUACGAUCUGGAUAGUCAUCCGUGGCUUAGGAAAAAAUGGCUGGUCUCUGGUGUCUUGUGCCUCGUCAGUUGUUUGAUUGGAAUGCUGUUUGUACUGGGAAGUGGAUCUUAUUGGGUUGCUCUGUUUGACUCCUACGCUGGCUCCUUCCCACUUAUUAGUGUGGCCUUGACAGAAGCCAUUGCCAUUGGCUGGGUAUACGGAGUCAACAGGUUUGGUGACGACCUUGAGACAAUGAUAGGUCACCAGCCCCACAUGUACUGGAAAGUGGUAUGGAAGUUCAUCGCUCCGUUUCUGAUUGCGGGCCUGUUGACUUCCACCCUCAUCAGCAAGUUUGUCAAACCAAUCACCUACAAGGCCUAUGACAAGGAAAUAGCGGAAAUGACAGACAGAUUUUACCCCUGGUUUGCUGGGCUGAUGGCUGCCUUCCUCGUUCUUGUGUCAGUACUAUGUAUUCCUGGGGUGGCUAUUUUACGGAAAUUGGGCAUUUUACGAUACAAAGAUUAUGCUAAAGGUGCUCAGGCCCAAACAGGUGGCCACACAACCUCAACUGUGGCAUUCAUGAGGACUGCUGCCGAGGAUAAUGACUCCGGCCAUAAUUCAGAUGAAAUCAAUGAGGAGCAGGAUAAAGGGACAAGCUGUGCUGUCAUAGAUGAACAUGUGACAUUUGGAUUAGGCACAGAUCCAGAUAUCUGAGAAAAAUUUGAUAUUUGGAGAAAGCAUCAGCCUUGCAAUCAAUCUCAAUCAAUUUUCAUGAACGAAGAUGUUUUAAUGAAAAUUUUGAAAUUAUA